UAGACUGAUCCUUAUUUCCCAUUACUCUCUUCCUUCUCUCCUUGUUUUCCUUCCUCUGCUCGCAGUUCCUCUCCUCCUCUCCCUCAGCUUCACUUAAAUCACUUCCCUUCUUCUUCUUCUUCUUCUUCUUCUUCUUCUUCUUCUUCUUUUCUUCUUCUACUGCUUUGUCUUAUUCUUCUGUAUCCUUUUCACUUUAAUUCUGGAGCAGAAACGGUUUUCCGGCGAUAAUUGCACGGAAAGUUUGAGGAUUACGAGUUUUCAGUUAUGGUCGUGAGGAAGACAGAGAAAAAGUCUUGCUAUCAUUUGGAGCUCUGAAAGAGAUAAGCCAAGGAGAACAUUUCUUUGUUGGAGAACGAGAUCUUGCAUGGUAGGAGGAUUGGUGAUCUCUACUGCUAUGGCUGUUCAGGAUCAGGGUGGAGAGGCUCAAUCAAAUACAGCUCUCCCAGCAGGCAAUGGAAUUUCAUUGAAUGCCGGCCUGCAUGCUGUGACUGGUCCCCAGCUUAAAGAGCAGUUUACUUGUGGGAAUGACUACUCUCCCAAGGUGAGGAAACCGUACACAAUCACAAAACAAAGAGAAAGAUGGACAGAAGAUGAGCAUAAGAAGUUCCUUGAAGCCUUAAAACUUUAUGGUCGAGCUUGGAGACGGAUUGAAGAGCAUGUAGGCACCAAGACUGCAGUUCAAAUUAGAAGUCAUGCUCAGAAAUUCUUCUCUAAGGUUGUGAGAGAGGCAAGUGGCAACACCACAAGUUCAGUAGAACCAAUUGAAAUUCCCCCUCCACGACCAAAGCGAAAACCUAUGCGUCCCUACCCCCGCAAAAUGGUGCAUCCACUCAAUAAAGAUACCUCAAUAUUGGAGCAGCCACUGCAGUCUUCAUCUCCACAUGUUUCAGUUUCAGAACAAGAAAACCAAUCUCCAAAAUCAGUAUUAUCUGCAGUUGGUUCAGAUGCUCUUGGUUCAAUUGAUUCUAAUACACCAAACAGUAGCUCAUCACCAGUUUCAUGUGCUGGUUGUUGCAAUUCUGCCAAAUUCACAUUUUGCGAACCCAACUUGACACCUGAAGAUCAUGGCUGUGCAUCACCAGCCACAGUAACUGCUACAGUUCCUGAUGAACAAUCUCCCAAGGUCCAGAAACUCGACUUAUUUCCCAGAGAAAAUGUCUUCUCUGAAGAAGAUCUAGUGGGAGAAACAUCUAGUUGGAGUUUCAAGCUCUUUGGAAGAACUGUACUGGUCAGUGAGUGCCCUGGACCAUCAUCUCCAACCAUAGAGAAUUCCAAAUUAUCACCAUUAGCCACGAAUGAUGGAAAACAUGUGCAACCGUUGCCAUUGAACUUUAUGGGCACAGAACUGCAACAUGAGAAUAGGGAAUGCACUUGGAAUCAUUUUUCAACACAUGAUCUUCCUGGGGCACUUUGUUACCUGCAAUUCCAAAAAGAAAAGUCCAAUUCAAUAGGAGCUGGCUCCUCUGCUCCCGUGCCAUUGUAUGCUAUUUGUGGCGGUGUACCAUUUCAUUUCCACAAGCGGGAGACUAUGAAAAUACAUUUGGAUCCUGAAGAAAUUCAAGAUAAAGAAAUUCAUAAGGAGGGAUCCUGGACUGGUUCGAACUCUGGAUCAGUAAAUGGGGGGGAGAAUGUAGAUAAAAAUAUAGAUGGUGAGACCCAGAGCAGGCAACUUCCUUACGAGGGAAAAGAAAGUUACCCUGUUCUUGAGCUGAAAACAAGUGAGAAAACAGCAACUUCAAGUAAGUGCCUGAAAGGGUUUGUGCCCUAUAAAAAACGUAAGGCAGAAAGAGACUGCCAAUCCUCCAGCAUAACGGGUGAAGAGAGGGAAGAGCGAAGAAUCCGCCUUUGCUUAUAGCAGCAAGGCGUUGAUCUCAUGGAAGUUCCCCAAGUUUCCUAUAUAAGAACAGAAAUGUUUUCAAAGUAGUUGAGGAACUGAUCUGAGAACGGUUUAGUUGAUGAACUCUCGUCUUUUCAACUCGAUACGAGGGGAAAGGAGGAAUGGAGCUUUAAUGUGGCCGUCUUCUGCAAAUUGUAGCCAUUUAGGAUUAAGCAUUUUACCUUCAACUGUUUAGAUCCUUUAAUUACACUCUUUUUUUCCUGUAUGUAUCAUAUUUUCCUUGCUUUUUUUUUUUUUUUGCCUUCUCUCAAAUUUUCUUUUGGUUCUUGGAGUUAGGCUUUAUAUUCUUUUCCUUGCUCGAACUGUGAAUCUCUCGGUACGUAAUUGGCCUUUGUACAAUAUCCGCAAGUAGUGUUUAUUGUAUUCUUACGUGGUAUUAAUAAAGCCUUAUGUGGCAAUUGGUGAAAUUUUCAUCGGCCCUUUUUCUUCA